GUUUUAUUUUGACGGUCGUUUCGUGUAGACGUGAAUUUGAGAACCUCGCCUAAGUUUGAAAAAGUUGAAGAAAAAUAUUCGCGAGUAAGAAGAGAAUUUACCAAGUAAAAUUGGUCAGUGUUGAAUGUUUAAAUAAUAAUAAGAAGGAGAGAACUAUAGAAAAGGAAAAGAGAAUGAAUUAAAAAUAUUUUGGAACGAGUUUAGGCUUCUUUCUCUCGUCUCCAACAAUAAUAAUAAUCAAAUUCAGAUAAGUUUAAUGAAGUGAGUGACAUUUAAAAAAAAAACUCGAAACCCAUAAUGCGUCUAAAGAUUGUGUGAAGAAAAUCAACAAACACAAAAUAAACCACCAGCAUUUAAGUGUUUGACCGUGAGAAAAAAAAUUAAUGAAUAAAAUUCACCAACUAUGCCAAACCAAAAUAAUUUAAUCCGUCCAUCAAGCACGUAUAGUGGUACAUCAACAAUGAAAAUUGACAAUGCUGAGACGGAACGGAGAAAGAAAAACUCAGUUGUGAUCUUAACACUUCUAUCGAUAAUUAUUUUUCUCUUCGUAGUAUCUUUAUUGCUUAUAUGUGCAUUGGUUGUUGUCGGGAGAGGAUUAUCAGGCAAAAGUGAUAAGAAGUUUGACGAAAAAUCAAACGAAAUCUCAAGUAUUUCACUGAUAAACAGAGCGAAUGGUAUUAAAAACAAGAUUGAUACAAGCAAUCCAAAGUUUAAUAAGAAGUUUAACAUGAAUAUCAGCAAAACAGCUACGAAACUAAUCGAAAAUUUAACUUUUCGACUUCCUAGUGCAGUCCGUCCAUCAAAGUACAAUUUACUUUUGAAUCCAAAUUUAGAGACAAAACUGUUCACCGGCAAUGUCAAAAUUGAUUUUGAUGUAUUAGAACCAACUAAAAUAGUUGCUCUACACUCAAAAUUCCUCAAUGUCACACCAAAGCAUCUGAUAAAAAAUUUAGAAAAUGGAGCAGAAGGAAUAGGAAUUAAAACUUCAUUCGAAUUUGAUAAGUUUGAGUAUUUCAUUGUUGAACCAGAAUCUGAGUUAGGCAUUGGAAAUUAUACAAUCGACUUAGAUUUCAAAGGUAGAUUAGAUGGAAAGAUUGUCGGUUUCUACGGAAGUUCUUACUUCGAUAAAAUAACUAAUCGGACAAGAUAUAUCGCAACAAGCAAAUUCGAGCCAACUUUUGCUCGUCAAUCAUUUCCAUGUUUUGACGAACCGUCAAUGAAAGCGAAAUUCAAAAUUUCUCUUAUUCGCCCUUCGGGUGACGGCUAUUCAGCCCUCUCAAACAUGGAUGUAGAAAAUGAAGAACCUUAUGAUGAAGGAUUAACAAAAGUCAACUUCAAGGAAAGCGUGGAGAUGUCAACUUAUCUCACGGUCUUUAUUGUGUCAGAUUUUAUUUCUACAAGUGCCACGAUUGAACCAUCUGUUGGUGAUCCAUUUCAACUUCGUUGCUUUUCAACACCUGCUCAAGUUAACAAAUUGAAUUUCGCUCUGAAUACAUCAAUUGAUGUAAUCAACUAUUACAUCGAUUAUUUCAAGAUUCCUUAUCCAUUGCCAAAGCUGGAUUUAGCUGCCAUCCCUGAUUUUGUGAGUGGUGCUAUGGAGACUUGGGGCCUUGUAACAUAUCGUGAGACAAAUCUUCUCUACGAUCCGGCAGUGAGUUCAACAGCCAAUAAGCAGAGAAUCGCUGCUGUUAUCGGACACGAAUUUGCGCAUAUGUGGUUUGGAAAUCUUGUAACAAUGAAAUGGUGGUCAGACUUGUGGCUCAACGAAGGGUUCGCUUCAUACAUUGAAUUCAAAGGAAUUCACGCAGCUUUACCAGAAUGGAACAUGGAAGAACAAUUCACAAUCGACACCAUGCAUGGCAUCAUGAAUUUAGAUGCAACCCUAGGCUCCCAUCCAAUCGUUGUUGGUGUUCAAACACCAGAUCAAAUAACUGAAAUUUUCGAUGGAAUCACUUACAACAAAGGUGCUUCCAUCAUUCGCAUGAUUGAAGACUUUAUUGGAACUGAAAAUUUCCAAGAUGGUGUGAGCAAAUAUCUUGAGGAAAAUAAAUUCAAAAAUGCCGAUUCUGACGAUUUACUAAAGCAGUUGGAGGGAAAAAUUGAAGAAGAUGUAACGACAAUUGUCAACACAUGGAUCCGACAAAAAGGUCUUCCAGUUGUUACUGUUCAACGAAGUGGUAACAAUUUUGUAUUGUCACAAAAACGUUUCUUGACUGACGCUGAAAGUGUUGCUAAUGAAACGCUAGACUCUGACUAUAAAUAUCGAUGGUCAAUUCCCAUCACUUAUGUUACAAGUGCCAAUCCAACAGAAGUUCAACGUCAAUGGUUCCAUUAUAACGUUGAAGAUAUAACAAUUAAGAUUGAUGAAGAAGUCGAGUGGAUUAAGCUCAAUAAGAAUCAAGUUGGAUAUUAUCGUGUGAAUUACGACAGUGAAAUGUGGCAGAAACUCAACGAUGCUUUAGAAGAAGACAUCAACACAAUGUCAGUGUUAGAUCGUGCACACUUGUUGAAUGAUGCAUUCAGCUUAGCUGAAGGUCUCGAAGUUCCAUACGAAACCGCACUUACGAUGACAAAAUAUUUGAAAAAUGAAACACAUUUUGUGCCUUGGGAUGUCGCUUCAAGUAAACUCAAAACAAUCAGAAAUCUUCUUUACUACACAGAUAAUCAUCGAACAUUCAAAAAUUACGUCGUUGAUUUAGUUGACGAAGCUUUUAAAGAGAUUGAAUGGGAAGUUAAUCCAGAAGAAUAUUUGAAAAACAUGAUGAGAAUCACCAUCAUUGACUUAGCUUGCACAAUGGAUCAUCCUGGUUGUGUCGCGAAAAUGGGUGAAACCUUCCGUACUUGGUUGAACAGUGAAAAUUUCGAAACUGAAAGGCCAACGCCCGAUCUUCGUUCACUUAUUUAUUAUCAUGGAAUGAGAACUGUUGGACGUGAAGAGGAAUGGAAUAAAAUGUUCAAUCUCUUUGCCAAAGAACAAGACGCAACAGAGAAAACUAAAUUGCAAGCAGCUUUAGCUGCAAUCAGCGAUAAAUCGAUUCUUAAAGAACUUAUUGAUUUGGCAUCAGCUGAUGAGACUUACGUGAGAAAACAAGAUUACUUUUCAUUGAUGGGAUCGAUUUCAAGCAAUCGAAAUGGUGAAGAUCUCGUGUGGGAUUUCGUACGCGAUAAUUGGGAAGUGCUUGUUGAGCGUCAUGGUCUCAAUGAACGUAAUCUUGGACGCAUGAUUCCCACAAUAACAUCACGUUUCACAACCUUAUCAAAACUCAAUGAAAUGAAAGAUUUCUUUGCCAAAUAUCCUGAUGCGGGCGCAGGUGCCAACGCAAGAAUUCAAGCGCUUGAAGCUGUCGAAAAUAAUAUUAAAUGGUUGGAGAAAAACAAAGAUUCCAUCAAGUUAUGGUUGUCCCAACAAUAACAGUAAUUCAAUUUCACAAAAAUGUUAAAUAAUUUAAUGAAUAAAAAGAAAUCUUUGAAAUAAAAUUUCAUUCUUUUCCUCGUUC